GGUUUUCGCUGGCGCGGAUUAUCCGCAUCGAUCUACCGCGCUCGAGACGAAUCUGUCGAAAGAAGCACACAAUUACGUGAUCCUCGUUUUCCGUUUUUGAGCCAUGGGUCGAGUGAUUCGCGCGCAGCGUAAAGGUGCGGGAUCCGUCUUCCGAUCCCACACCAAGAGGAGAAAGGGAGCACCGAAGCUGCGGUCUCUGGACUUCUCCGAGAGGCAUGGAUUCAUCAAGGGUGUCGUCAAGGACAUCAUCCACGAUCCUGGUCGCGGCGCGCCGUUAGCGGUGGUGCACUUCCGUGACCCUUACAAGUUCAAAACGCGUAAAGAAUUAUUUAUCGCGCCAGAGGGAAUGUACACCGGCCAAUUCCUGUAUUGCGGAAAGAAAGCCAACCUCCAGAUUGGAAAUGUGAUGCCAGUGGGCAUGAUGCCGGAAGGUACAAUUGUCUGCAAUUUGGAGGAGAAGACCGGUGACAGGGGCCGAUUGGCCAGAGCUUCUGGCAAUUACGCCACAGUGAUAACCCACAACCCCGACACCAAGAAAACUAGGGUCAAGCUACCUUCGGGCGCGAAGAAAGUCAUUCCUUCUAACAACAGAGCUAUGGUUGGGAUCGUCGCUGGUGGUGGACGUAUAGAUAAGCCUAUACUUAAAGCCGGUAGGGCUUACCAUAAGUACAAGGCGAAGAGGAAUUGCUGGCCUAAGGUUCGUGGUGUUGCCAUGAAUCCCGUGGAGCAUCCUCACGGUGGUGGUAACCAUCAACACAUCGGUAAGGCGUCCACCGUCAAGCGUGGCACCAGCGCCGGUCGUAAGAUCGGUCUUAUUGCUGCUCGUCGUACCGGAAGAAUCAGGGGAGGCAAGACCGACACGAAGAAGGACGACUAGAUUAAACGCUAAAUUUGGUGACAUGUUGUACAAUAAAGGAAAACAUUUACAAAACUGCA